AUGAUAGCUGAAAUAGAACAGCACCAAGAGCAAGGUAUAAUGCAUCUGUGUACAAAACAAAUCCAACAUCAUCCUGAGAGUGAGCAAGGAUGGGAGCUGAAUGGCUACUUUUGUCACAGUUGGGGUUAUACCUUUGCCAGAGAUUUCAUGUCCCAGGAACUCUAUUCAGUCUUGUCCAAAAUAACACUUGUCUGGAUUCAACUUCAGGUUCACUUAGUGCAGUUUACCAAGAAUGAUGACCACAUGACUCAAGUGUUUUUUAAAACUGAAGCAAUAGAUGUUGACAUUAUCUAUAUAGGCCAAGAUGAACCUGAAUUUGGUGAUAAAGGCUGUCUUUUCACAAUCAUGUGGAUGAAUUAUAACCUGCCAGAACCCACUGGCGAGGUCCAGGAUGAAAUACCAGGUCGAGUUCUUGAGGGCUUCCAAUAA